ACUUAAAUCUAUUAUUCGUUCUUCUCUCUGUCGUUUCCAACCGCCAGUGAUUUGGCAACUGAAACUCUCAAAUUCGAUUCCCAGAAGCAAAAUUGAAGCCCAAGUUCACAGCUUCAGGAGCUCUUGAUUCUCAAUCCCCCAUUGCAAAACCCAAAUGGGUCGUUCUCGCGCUGUUCCUCACUCCGCCGAUGAAGAUCUCAGCCAAAGUAGGUCAAAGAGGAAAAGGACUGCUUCGAAUGUGGAAAAUUCGGAAAUUGCUACUGCAGGUCAAGGGAAGGCUGAAGGGAAGGCAUUAUACCACUGUAAUUAUUGCAGUAAAGAUAUAUCAGGAAAAAUACGCAUUAAAUGUGCAAUAUGUUCUAAUUUUGACCUGUGUGUGGAGUGCUUUUCGGUUGGGGCUGAGGUCCAUCCACACAAGAGCAAUCAUCCCUACAGAGUCAUGGAUAAUCUUUCCUUUCCCCUAAUAUGUCCUGAAUGGAAUGCAGAUGAGGAGAUACUUCUUCUGGAGGGAACUGAAAUGUAUGGACUGGGAAAUUGGACUGAAGUUGCAGAACAUGUUGGAACAAAAAGCAAGUUGCAGUGCAUUGAUCAUUAUAAUGUUAUAUACAUGAAUUCUCCAUACUUUCCUCUUCCGGACAUGUCUCAUGUUAUGGGAAAGAAUAGAGAGGAACUCCUUGCUAUGGCCAGAGAGCAUGGCGAAAUAAAAAAGGGAUCCUCUGCUCCUGGAGAAAUUAAAGAGGAGUUCCCAUUCUCAGCAAAAAUCAAGGUGGAAGAUCAGAAAAAAGAUGGUCAAGCAGGACAUUCAUCAUCUAGUUUAACCUCAGAUUCUCUUGUAGACAGGAGUAUUGGAGAGAAAAAGCCUAGAACAUCAGGAGAUGAGGGACCUUCUGUGACAGAAGUUAGUGGCUACAAUUCAAAGAGGCAAGAGUUUGAAGUUGAGUACGACAAUGAUGCUGAGCAGUUAUUGGCUGACAUGGAAUUCAAGGAUACUGAUACAGAUGCUGAACGAGAACUAAAAUUGAGAGUGUUGCGCAUCUAUUCCAAAAGGCUUGAUGAAAGGAAGCGCAGGAAGGAUUUCAUAUUGGAAAGAAAUUUACUUUAUGCAGAUACUGUUGAAAAAGAACUCUCACACGAAGAGAAGGAUAUAUGCCACCGUUACAGGGUGUUCAUGAGAUUUCAUUCAAAGGAAGACCAUGAGGAAUUGCUUAGGAGCCUUGUUGAGGAGCACCGUGUUUUAAAAAGAAUACAAGAUCUUCAGGAAGCAAGGGCUGCUGGCUGCCGUACAUCUGCAGAAGCGGAAAGAUAUAUCGAACAAAAAAGGGGGGAAGCAGAAGAAAAUGCUCUUAGAAUUAGUGAAAGUUCCCAGGCUGGUCCUUGUGGAAAAUUUCUUCAAAGGGCAAAUCACCUCAAAGGGGAUUUUGAUAGUAGCCCAAGAGGUGUUAUCAGAGGCCCUACAGUUUUAGAUUCUGCAGGAAUAGAAUCUCCAACAGCUAAAAGGCGACUAGAUGUUAUAAAUGCCUUAGAUAAUUGGGAUGUCACUGGAUUUUUGGGGGCUGAUUUACUGUCUGAAUCUGAGAAACAGCUAUGUGGUGAGAUCAGGAUCCUUCCAGCGCAUUACCUUAACAUGCUGCAGACCAUGUCAAUGGGGAUUUUGAGCGGCAACAUAACAAAGAAGUCUGAUGCUCAUGGGUUGUUCAAUGUUGAUCCAAGCAAGGUAGAUAAAGUUUAUGAUAUGCUAGCGAGGAAAGGGAUUGCCCAAACAUGAUUGUAUGUUGUGUAGUCUUGAGCGGGAUACCAAACGAAAAGUGUUGCCUUGUGGUCCUGUAUUGACAAAGUACAUUAUGUCAGAUUUUGUAAUCGAGUUACCUUUAACCAUUGCUAAACAAUUGUUAACAGUUUUUAGUGGCCAGUGAUUAGGAAUACAUGUGUAAUUGAAGGACCUAUUGUAAUAGUUUUAAGGGUUGUAAUCCCUAAUUAUACACACAAACAAGCAGGGAUCAACAUCUGUAAAUUAUUGUCAUCUGUUCCUUCUCAGUGGAGAUAUGAUAUUUUAGAGCAAUUUCUAA